AUGGACGACAGUGGCAGCACGACGAACGAGCACUCCAGCGGCUUCAUUGAAGCUAUUCAGGCAAAGCUGAAAGAGGGGCAGGAGCAAGACCUACCAGUCCGGGACUCUUUGGAACGUAUACCACUCGACGAAGCUCCGACUGACACACGGCUCGUCAUCAGCUUCCGCGACGCGUCGCGGACGAUGGACUGCGACGAUCUCCGUCCGUGGCCGACAGACAAGGACAUCUUCACGGUGCAGCAAACUCCCGAGAGCACCGGCCCUGUGUUGCGACAAGAUCACGAACCGCUAUGCUACUUCUAUUUCGACCCCGCCACCGAUCACAUAACACUUUCUCAUAAAUGCAAAGGGCCCGUCGAGGUGGUCGACCUGGCCGCCGGCGAGCGACGCGGCGUGCCUCCUCGACAGUGCGCGGGGAUCCGCCCAGGCUGCUGGCGCGUAUAUGGUCCGCGAGGGCGAGGCCUUGUUCCGGAAGUGCUUCUUGACUUUCGGUUGCUCCCAAGACCGUACGCAACGACGAUCAUGGAGCGUGGCGGAUCAGGUAGUAAGAGCUCAUUACUGACCGCACUCUGCAAGGCGCGCUCUGUUCAACAUGUUCCGCGCGGCCACAUACAUCCUGUGGAGCAGCUUUCACUCGGGCAGACUCUCUCUAUUAGGCCCAGAUCUGGCUCGACAAGUGGGCAUCCCGACGCGGCAUAUACUCUGAAGCAUGUGCGCACUGCAGCAGUGAAGCAGACAGCUUGUGUCGUCAUCGGUCAUCAUUCUAAACUGGGCCGUGUUGCCAUCAAGGUGGUACGCCGUGAACAUGAGAGUGACUCCCGCUUUGUUCCUUCAAUAGCCCGCCACUGGGCAGACGAGAAGCGCUUUCUUGAGCGUCUACACCAUGUACGUGUCGCCCAGCCGUGCAUCGUGGAGCUGCUGGGCGCGGACGCGCGCCUGUACGCACUCUACCUCAAGGUUCUUCCAGGCAAAGAUCUCUCGCAAUGGGUAGACACGGGCCACUUCUUUACCUGCGGCAGUGAAGGCGACGCAAACAGAACGAUUCUCCGAAUAUCCUGUCAGAUGACAUCAGCAGUGGCGUUUCUCCACAAGCAAGCUCGAAUUGUGCACAACGACAUCAAGCCUGCGAACAUAGUUGCUCAUCUCCCUCGAGGGACAAAAGUCGUGGAUGCGAAGCUCAUAGACUUUGGGCACGCGUCGGUGGUGGAGGCGACAGAUUGCCCGGGAGGGACACCGUGGUACAUGCCGUUCGACGGCCCGAACAACCAGGGCCCCGCAAGAGAUUGCUGGGCUCUCGGGGUGACCCUUCUCUUCGUCAUGCGGGCAAUACCGUUACCUGAGAAGACACAGCCAGUGUGGAGGAUCGACCAGGUCCUACACGACGACAUCCAGGCCCAGCUGAUGCGGGAUUGGCUCGCAGGCAUCCAGGAUCGAAGGAAGGAACUUGGGGACGGAGACAUCGAGUCCUUUGUGCACGAGCUGCUCAGUCCGGACGCAGAAGAGCGAUGCCGCUAUCUGCGUCGCCUGGCGAGAACACUUCCCUUGGGGUCGCUCACUUGA